AUGAGAGUUCACCCCUCCUUCCUAGGCACUCUUGCCCUUAGUGCGAGCACCCUAGCAUCCGCCGAGCUCAACGUCCGCACGGUCUACCAAUUCGCCUCCAACGACACCUGGCUCGAGAACCUAGCCGUCCGAUCCAACGGCCUCAUCCUCGCAACCGAGAUCGGGCCCCCAGCAAGCCUCCUCUCCUUCGACCCGCGCUCCUCAUCCCCAAAGAAGAACGUCAUCCACACCUUCCCCAGCGUCCUCGGCCUCUCCGGCAUCACCGAAGCAGCCCACGACGUCUUCUACGUUGCCGGCGCCAACACCACCAGCGACAACAUCUCAGAUCCUCCCAAAAACGCCACGCACAUCUGGCGCGUCGACUUCACCACCAACUCUGAUACCCCUGACAUCAAGCUCAUCGCCCGCCCCACCGCACCAACCGGCUUUAACGGCCUAGCAGCCUUCAACGAGACCAUCAUCCUCGCCUCGGCCUCCUACCAAGACUCCAUCUUCGCCGUCGACACAACAACGGGGUAUACCUGGGAAGCCAUCAAAGAUGCGAACCUGAUGAGCAGCAUCAACGGACUCAAGGUUCAAGAUGAUUUCGUCUACUGGACUGCAAACGGUGGCCUUUACAGAGCAGAGCUCUACUCGAAUGUGACUGCUGGUCCUGGAGAACUUAUUGUCCAGUCUACUGCCUUUGACGAUUUUGCUGUUGCACCGGAUGGGUUCCGUGCUGCGAGUGGAAGGAAGUUUGCGUAUGCGGCUACGGCGGCGAUGAAUACGAUCAUGCAGAUUAGCUUUGACUUGCAGGGUGGGAGGAACCUGACGAGUGUUAUUGCCGGCAGUUUGGAUUCUACGGAGGUUGCGGAGCCGACGGGGUGUGCGUUUGGGAGAGGCGAGGGCGAGAUGGAUUGGUUGUAUGUUACUACUGGUGGUGCGAGUGCGGUGAAUGUGGAUGUGGAUGGGGUGGAGGUUGCUGUUGGGGCGCAGUUGUUGGGGAUUAAGCUUAAUUAA